CAGUCACAUCCAGGAAUGCAUUACCCAACAUGCUUCGCGCUGGAUGUCGUUGAGCUGGACGGUAGGGGGCGCUGUAUCCGGUUUAUCCACACUUCCCGUUGUUCGCUGGUGGACGGAUACAUGGCCGCUGCUGGGGCUGCGUUUCCUCGGCUGGGCCCGGGCAACUGCCGGGUGGAGAAUAUCCUACACCGGGUCCGGCGGGGGCAGCUGACCGGGUGUGGCCUCACCCGCGGAUCUCAGAUUACCGAGGAGCUGCUGAAAGAAAGAGACAAACAGGCCAAGUGGAACAGUAUCCCUCUAUUCCUGCACAAGUUGUAUGACGCCAGCCACCCCAACAGCGACCUCUCCCAGUGCCAGGCCAUACUCAAGGAAAUUUCUCCCCUACUGUCUAUGGAAGCGAUGGCCAUAGUGACCGAUGAUAAGAAGUCUGGACCGGAGUUUCCCUUUCCAAACACCUACACCUUUGACUUGUUCGGUGGAGUUGAUCUUCUAGUGGAGAUACUGAUGCGGCCGAGCCUCUUUCCCCAGAAGAAGAAACACAAAAUCAGCGACGAUCUGAUAAAGGACUGUCUGAGCAUCCUGUACAACACCUGCAUCUGUACAGAAGGUGUCACCAAGCGUUUGGCAGAGCGGAAUGACUUUGUUCUCUUCCUGUUCACCCUCAUGACCAACAAAAAGACCUUCCUGCAAACAGCGACGCUCAUAGAAGACAUCUUGGGCGUUAAGAAGGAGAUGAUCCAGCUGGAGGAUAUCCCCAAUCUCGGGAGUCUGGUGUCCAGCUUUGAUCAGCAGCAGCUGGCCAACUUCUGUCGGAUCCUGUCUGUCACCAUAUCGGAGCUGGAUACGGGCAAUGACGAUAAAUACACCCUACUCGCUAAAGACGCCCAACAGAAGAAAACCCAGAGUCCGUCUAGAGCAGAAAUCAACCAAGCCACCCUCCUGAACAUCCCCGGGUUUAUUGAAAGAUUAUGCAAGCUUGCCACCCGUAAAGUGUCCGAAUCUACGGGCACGGCCACCUUCUUGCAGGAGCUGGAGGAGUGGUACACGUGGCUGGACAACGCCUUGGUGUUAGAUGCCUUGAUGCGCGUGGCUCACGAGGAAACGGAGCAGAGUGGAACAGAAUCGUCUGAUGAGAGCGGCCUGGCUAAUCCUUCCUCCAGGACGCAGCUGCCGCAGUCCAUGAAGAUCAUGCACGAGAUCAUGUAUAAAGUGGAGGUUCUGUACGUGCUCUGUGUGCUGCUGAUGGGCCGGCAGAGGAAUCAGGUCCAUAAGAUGAUAGCGGAGUUUAAAUUGAUCCCCGGACUUAAUAAUCUCUUUGACAAGCUGAUCUGGAGAAAACAUUCUGCGUCCACCCUUGUCCUCCAUGGCCACAACCAGAACUGUGACUGCAGUCCGGAUAUAUCACUUAAAAUUCAGUUUUUGAGAUUGCUCCAGAGUUUCAGUGACCAUCACGAGAACAAAUAUUUGCUUCUGAACAGCCAAGAAUUGAAUGAGCUGAGUGCCAUAUCCUUAAAAGCGAAUAUCCCGGAGGUGGAGGCUGUGAUGAAUACGGACAGGAGUUUAGUGUGUGACGGGAAGAAAGGUUUAUUAACCCGACUAUUACAAGUCAUGAAGAAGGAGCCGGCAGAGUCUUCGUUCAGGUUCUGGCAGGCCCGAGCAGUAGAAAGCUUCCUUCGGGGUGUGACGUCCUAUGCUGACCAGAUGUUUCUUUUAAAGAGAGGCCUAUUAGAGCACAUCCUGUACUGCAUUGUGGACAGUGAAUGCAAAUCGAGAGACGUCCUUCAGAGCUACUUCGACCUCCUCGGGGAACUGAUGAAGUUCAACAUCGACGCCUUCAAGAGAUUUAACAAAUAUAUAAAUUGUGAUGAAAAGUUCCAGGUUUUCCUGAACCAGAUAAACAGCUCUCUAGUGGACUCCAACAUGUUAGUGAGAUGCAUCGCGUUGUCUCUGGACCGGUUCGAGAAUCAGUCGGAUGAUAUCAAAGUGGCUGAAGUUCUGUCCGAGUGUCGGCUGUUGUCCUAUAUGACUCAGGGGUCCGUCCGAAUGUCUUUCCUCUUCCGUCUUAUUAACAUAAUUCACGUGCAGACGCUGACACAGGAGAACGUCAGCUGCCUGAACACAAGUCUUGUCAUCCUGAUGCUGGCGCGAAGGAAAGGCCGAUUACCGUGCUACCUGCAGAACAUCCGCGACAUGGAGUGUAUGGAGAAAUACCCGGGCUUCAUACUCAACAACUUCCAUAAUCUCCUGCGGUUCUGGCAGCAGCAUUACCUCAACAAGGAUAAAGACAGCACUUGUUUAGAAAACAGUUCCUGCAUCAAUUUCAGCUACUGGAAAGAGACUGUUUCUGUAUUGUUAAAUCCGGACAGGACAUCCCCGUGUGCCAUAGUAAGCUACAUAGACGAGGCAUAUAUGGAUGUAGAUAAAGAAUUUCUGGAGGAAUAAACGCAGUUUGGUAACAUG